AUGAAAGGGAAUGGGUUGUGCAGUAACUGGGAUACAGAAGGGGUGGGUUGUGCAGUAACUGGGAUGUGGAAGAGAAAAGAUUUUGCAGUACCAGAGAUAUGGAAGGGGAUGGCUCAGGCAGUACCUGAAAUAUUAAAGCCUAAAAAGAAUGCCUUGGGCAGUAUCUGGGACACAGAAGAGAUUGGCUCUGACAGUACCUGGGAUACGGAAGGGAUCCCCGUGGGCAGAACCUGUCAUACAAUUAAGUCAUUUGAAAGAGUUCUUGUCGACAACAAACUCCAUGGACUGUCUCCAAGUCUCAGCGAUGCCAUUGCUAGCAUACCUCGCCAUAAACUUCUCACCGCAUCUUUGCCUCAUCUUAUGCACUGCUGUGCUGCCCUGCUUUCCAACAGAGUCAAACUGGGACACGUCGAUAAACUUGGUGUUGGAGAAACAAAGAUGCUCUAUACGCUUCACUGGGUUUUAUUAGAGGGACCACAUGCAUGCUUCCAAGAUGAGAGAGGAGAAUUAGACUUUGGUUGGUACGAACCCCCACUCGCUUCUAUACAACUGUUUGUGUAUUUAUUUGCGCCGCUUGCUUUCAGUGUCAGAGAAUCUGAUUUAACAUUCAGGUUGGAGAGUGGUAUACGUCUAUGGAAAGCUUUGUGGGAAUAUAAGUGUCCAGACAAUGUGUUCUUCUCCUCACAUGUGAAGCCAAAACAUCGCAUGUUACAUGUCGUCCGGCCUAUCAGUAACAACAUUGGAAAAAAGAGCGAAACUACUGAACUGCAACAGAAUCAACAGCAAGGUGAUCAGCAACAAGAAUCACAACAUCAUACAAAUGAUCAGCACAAGCAGGGCAGUGGGACUGUGAAACCUGCACCAUCAGUGCACUCAAUGCAUUCUGGGAAAUCUGCAUCAAGUAGUAGAAGUAGCAGCCAAGUCCAGCAAGAGCUGAGUAGUGAAGUGAGUAGCGAGCCUGUUGCACCAUUAGUCACAUUGUCUGAUGUAUGUGAGCAUUACAGUAGCGAGGUCUCAUCAGAUCCCCCAUCAGUAACAGUGGAAUUUAUAUGUGAAGUUUGUAAUACAACUGUCAGCAGUCAAACAAGUGAAAUAAAGUCAUGUCAGUGUGGUCUUCUAAAAAGAAGUUCAAUGGAGGAAGGCAUUUCACCAUCUGGGCAAGCUCUCCAGCCUCCAGAUUCCCGGACUGAUUUUAGUGAAUCAAGAAGUCCAUCACCUUCUGUUCCAACUACAGAACCAUCACCCAAAAUGAUUUCCAAGAAAAGUGAUGUAUACUUAGCAUCAUACUUUGAUGUGGCUGUUUUGAGAUGUCUCUUUAAUCAACACUGGUGUGAGGAUGGCAUCCACUGGGCACUUUGUUAUAUACAGAAUAGGCUGAAGCAAAUUGUACAAGAGGCUUUAAAACUAGAGCGCUUCCGUCAACGGAGUAAUUCUUCACCAAUUCCAAGAAUAGAGGUAUCUUUUUUCAAGGCUCCUGCCUCUAAGCAGAUGUCAGCACCCGCUUCCACUUUCUCCAACUCUGGGUACGAAAGGGAGAAACAAACACAAAGUUGUGAUGAGCAAGGUGGAUCAAGCUCACCCAAGAAGAUAAAAGUUGAUCAUCCUGAUACACCAGGAACUCUGCAACGAAAAAGUAGUUUAGAGAGAAAAGGUAGUUUGGAAAGAAGAGGAAGCUUAGAAAGAAGAGGUAGUGGGAAAAGGCGUCAACCGGUGAGAAGACAGUCAAGUUUGUCUAAAGUAACUGCAGUCACCUUACCUCAGUCUAUUAAUGAGGAGUCUGAAGAAAGCAGUACUUCUCUUAGUGCUAGUACUGAAGAGCUUCUGAAGGAAAAACCUGAACAAUGUACCAGAAGAUCUAGUUCUCCUCUGUCAACUCUUGGGAGAUUCAUUGAAGGGGCCGGUAGUUUUACUCCUCCCAAAGUUGAACCGUUCAAGUUUACAAUAGAUGUAGUGAGGCUGAAGAAUUUGCCGUCCUUGAUGGAGGUGGAUGAUAGAUUCCUAAUUCCAAAAGACUCUUCUUUGCCAGAAGGUCGUCAUUUUGAAAAGGUGGUAGACCAAACCUCUGAAGCUUCCAAUAUUGGUCUCACUGCCAGUGCAGCGACUUUAAACAUUGUAUCAGAACUUCGUCCGCCCAUACCAACAUCUCACAAUGGUUUGUCGGUAAACACAGAUCUUCCUGAAAUUGAAUUGACUGUGCCAGGAGUUGAAUGUAGUAGAACUCCUUCUAAUGAACCAGUCUCCAGAAAACGUGAAUCUUCCAGCGAUGAGAGUAAUGGAGAUGAUGGACUAGAAGAUGGUAUGGUCACUCUAGCAGUACCCCCUCCUCCACAACCUAUAUCACGCAGCGCAUCAGACACUAUGGUGAAUUACACUACCAUUAUAGAAGAAGACAUCCCAGAGGCCCCAGGUGCUACACACUACAUCUCACAGAAUGGACAGAUAAAUCAUGCAGUACUUUUGAAAGCCCUGCACUCGGUCAUAUCCAGAGAACCAAGCGGUAGAAUCUGUGAUGUGGCUCUGGGAAUCAUAGAUCACCUGUUGGACAUGAGUGUUGUUGAGAAGAAAGAACUGAAAAAGGAGAAGAAAGAGGAAAAGAAAGACAAUGAGGAUAAUAAUAGUGAACAAAAGGAAGAUGAACCUCAAGUGGACAAAGCUGCUAAAGCGAAACAACGAUUGGAUGAGAUGAAAAGUGAACCAAUGACAAUGCACAAUCUAGUUUUAGAUACUCUGAUCAGAAUUUUUAAAGUACUUGGGUGUCAGCAUGGAUGUGGAGAAGGUCUGAGAGGAAUACAAGGGGAUAGAAUGCGACAGCAAGGCAAUAAUUGUCUGAACAAGAUGUUCAAGAUAGAUUCGUCUCAGUUUCGCAAGUACUUACGCUAUAUGAUAGCCACUCAUCCACUGCAGAACAUCAUGGACUUCUUACAUGCUCUGCUUGGCUUCUGUGAGGAUCCAUCACCGCAGCCGUAUGGACAAGUGGGAUGCAUCUUCAAAGGAUUGGUAUCAAGAUUUAUGGAGAGCAAAGAUGAAAUUUACAGUCCAGAAAAUUUGAGUUUACAUGGAGAGAUUAGGCAAUUACUACAGUACGUGAAGGAAGCGCAUGGCGGCGUGUUUAGAAGAGUGGCUCUUAGCGGAAUGUUAGACUCUGCAGACAAAGGUGAAAAGGAGGCCAAAGAAAAGGAAAUGAAACAGAAAGCAAAGAAGCCCAGCAUAAUUCGUAGAAAUUCAGCAAGUAGUGAAAGCGGAGAUGAAGAAAAAGUGCGAAAACCAAAUCGCUUUCGCCGGUCACAGUCAAUGAUUAAUGAGGAGACUACAAGUCCCAGCUCAAGGUCCAGAAGAAGUAUAUUUCGCCGAAAGUUUCGAAAACCUACCGCUAGCACCAGUUCUGAGGAUUCAUUUGACCCUGGCGGAAAGUUACGUUCUGUAAAUCUGAUCUGGGAUGCUUUCAAAAGCUGUUGUUUCUACUGGAAUAGAUUUUGUUCAGCUCACGCAGUUACCACAUGGAGACACAAAACUUUACGAGCAGAUGAUGAGUCCAUGCGAGAAGGCAGCGAGUUGAGUGAUGACCAACACGCCUCAUCAGAAAGAAGAGGUUCCAGCAGGAAGGUGUUAAUUCGACCCGGUGAGUCAACGCUGAGUGCUGGCUUCAGUCAACACAGAAAAAGUAAAAGAAUGGAUGAACAUCCUCUUUUUCUGAAGUUCAGAAAAUGGGGCCGAAAAGAUAUCAGUUAUGAAGAGAAAAAUGAUUCUAGCCGCAGAAGUUCUAUCGAUGAUCUUCAAGAUUAUGCAGAGCCGAUUCGUUUUCGUGAGAAGAAACUUGUGAACAAGGCUGCCAUAAAAUCUGGAAUGUUGCGCUUUGCAUUUAUGUUAGAUUGCUGUAAUCCUGGUACAGUACCAGAUCCAGAACUCCUGGCUGCAGCUUUAGACUUGGAAGCACCAGUAGUAUCUAGGGCGGCUCUUUUUAUGGAGUGUGCUUUCUUUGUCCAUCGAUGCAACAAAGGGGAUUGGCCUGAGUGGAUGCGAGGCUCAAACUGUAAAGUGGAUUUCCGUCUGCGAGCAGGUAGCCAUAGCAGGCCAUAUUCAGGUCACAGAAGACAUAUCACAUUGCAGCGGAAUGCUGCCAGGAUGUUUUAUCUAUGGGGAGAGGCUAUUUCUGCCAGACUUGAAGAGAUAGAGAGGAUAGAAGCCAAAGAGGCAGUUUCCAUGGUAACAUUGAUAAGAGAUCCUGCUGUUAAGAAACAACUCAGGCAAGAAGAUGAUGAAGAAGAUUUCCUGGAUGAAGCAACGGUCAAUGAGAGUGGAAACAGUUGUCCACAUGCGCUAAAAAUGGUAGCAGCUCAACUGUUACUAGAAAUAACUACUUUCAUGAGAGAAACAUAUCAAUUUUUGCCAAAACCUAGACGAUUUGACCGUGGAUUUUCAGACCGUCAAGAUGGAAUUUCAGGACACACUAGGCAUUAUAGUAUAUUAUUGUCUGGUAGAUCUGGCACUGAUGCCUCAAGCCAUUCUGAUCAAGUGCCGAGGGCACGCCGAUUUGAUCUUGCAUUUUCUGACAAAGUAGAAACUAGUGGACCAGUAAGACAUUGCAGUAUAACAUCACCGUCAAGACCUUACAGCGAUGUACCCAGUAUGGCGUCACCUAGCCCGUCGGCUGCUCGACAUAGUCUAGCUACAUUAUUAGUGGAUAUCCCUGCAGCUUUGCUAGGGGAUCGUAAAAUCAGCUUUGCAGCUGUGAGUGAGGAACCAGACUCAUCACAUAGCAGUAAUACUACCAUAACCAAUGAAGGAGAUGACAAGAAAGGUCUACGUGCCAAGCAGGUCAGACCAGGUCGCAUUUUGCGCCGACAUCCAGGUCAAAAUCGUUCAGGUGGAUCAAAUCUUAAAGGCAGUUUCCGGUCCGGUAAAAGACCAGAUAAUUUAUCAGGUCUUGGACGUAGUGGAAGUUGUAAAGGCCGGAAAGUUAGCCUGGCUUCUGAGGAAGAUGACCAGACAGCGGAAACCAGCAGUGUUGUUAGUGAGGUGCCGAGUCCACAAGAUCCAGAAACACCGGAUACUGUCAGCACACCAGAUGCAUUGUUGGAUGUUGAAUUCAGUAAAGACAUGCCAUGGAUAAAAGUUGUUGUUGAUAUCGCCAGCAAGUGUAAUUUUAUUUGCGAUCACAAACAUUAUUGCCAUCCUAACUGCUAUGAACGACAGAAGAGAAACUGUUUCCGCUUGAUGCGAGGUGUUCGACAAGUAUAUGGAGAAGAAUUUGGCUACAAGAAAACAGAAGAGAUUGAAUUGAAGAAAAUGGACGUCAAACUUAAAAGAAAGGAAUCGGGACAACCGUUCUCUCCAAUGAAGAGUUUCCGUGAAUUCCGUCGAGAGAGUGGAUCGUCAACAUUUGAGCGUCAAGCUAGUAUGAUCAAAGGAUCCAAUCAGAUAAAAGCAGCUGAGGCAGCCAACGUCAUUGAUGCACUCUCAAUUGAGGAUUGUAAACCAAGACCACAAGAUACUCCAUUGCAGAAGUACAUGAAAACACAGGUGAUGUCAUUGGUACACUGUCCAUUUGCAAUUGUGUCAAAGUCUGCACCAGUUUUAACAGAAGAUAUUUUCACAGAUAUUCUGCCUGUAGCUUGGGAGCUUCUAUUGGACACUAGUCAACAGCUCGCUGCAUCAGCUGCUGCUGUGUUUUUAAUCACCGCUGUGAAGAUGCCAGCAUUGGUGACAGAAAUCAUAAGCAGUGAAAUGCACCAUAGAGAACCCGGACAGCGUGUUGAUGCGGUGUUACGAUUUCAAGUACUAUGGAAAUGUCGUCAUCAAGUCUGGUGUCGAAUGGAAGAAGGAGCAAGUAGUAUUUUCAAGCUUCCCCCGCCAAGUAUCGAUUUUACGCUUCCGUCACCAACUAUUGGAAUAUCUGGAAUGCCCGUAGUUGAUCCGCCAUGGAUGCCAGUAUUAAGUACAACAAUUGAAGAAACUGUCAGUCAGUAUGACGAGCGGAGGUCAUUUGCUGCAGCAGCAGUGACAAGAACCAAUCAGAGGCUUGAACACCUUCAGAAAAUGAAGUGUGCAGAAGAGGAGAAAAAGCGCAAGGCUCGCGAGAGUUCAGUCUUGUCGACUGUUCCAGUUAUCCCGCAGGCAUCAUAUGAACCAUCCCAUAAUGUUUUAUCUGAUGAGGAAGGAGACGAACCCUGCCAAACCCGACGCCAUUCUACUGCCCAGCCUGCGAUUGUUGCCAGUAAUUUGACACGUAAUAGAAAUGUAUCUUUGCGACGGGCAUCCCUCUGGUCUGGUUCCACAUUAACAAGCCCAGGUGAUGAAGAGAAUACCGGUGCUGAUAGAACGGAAAGACAGACACAUAGUCAUUCACAUGCAACUCAGGUGUUUUUCCCAUCAUGCAUCUGUGCAGCAGUUCUUCAUCUCAUAAUGUUGAUGAACGAUGGAGACGUUAAUGAAGAAGGCGUUGCUGUCAGUGAAGUUGCUAACAAAGUCAUAUGGAGUUGUUUGGUGGAAGAACCUGCUUUAUUUCUUCGUCACUUUCUUGAGAAGCUUACAAAAAGAAAUAAACAGGAAGAACUUAUUCUGCUGCUGAAGAAACUAUUGACUCACAUUGAUUGGCUGCCUCCACAAACAGCUCAUUGCAUAUUCAAUUACUUGCUUGGCCUGAUGAUGUAUUACUGUCGGUCACCACAAGAGGGCGCUAGUGAAGCUAUUGCCAACACAUUGACUGUCAUAUGGCGAGUGAUACCGUACGUUCAAGGGAUAUUCUUCAAAGACUUGAAACAGUCGCUGAAAAAAGAGCAAUGUGAUCCGUCCAUUAUGAUCACUGCAUUUAUGCCAAGUGCCAAGAAACUAAUUGUACAUGGUCCCAACGAGUCUGACAUCCCAACACAACUACCUGUCAUGGAGGACAUGCAGUUUGAAUCAAUCUACCAAGACUGCGUUGAAUUCUUCAAUAUUCGAGAUGACGAGCAGUCUUCUCAUUUCCUGGUUGAUAAAAAGUCAAAUCAACUGUUGGAUCUAAAAACUUAUGUUCGAGAUGUCUACGCAUAUCGAAGGUCCUACUGUCCGCAGUUAGUACUGAAGAAGAUAAACAGUGAUGAAGGUUACGCUAAAUUACAGAAACAGGCAUUUACAUCAAAGUUGGCAGAAAUUGGUCGAGUGUAUUUAACCCUUUUUAUAUUGAAGAGUACUCCUCCAAAUCAUACGAUUACCCACAUGAACUUCCUACAUACAGAAUUCAUGAGAUUGCCAGCAUUUCCCAGAAAGGCCCUGGAUGCUGAAUUUUCACUCUACUCUAUGGAGGAGAUGGGCAAAGAGCUGUAUGGUCUGGAUGUUUUACAUAAGUAUAUUUGGUCAAAGUUGAUGACUACUGUGGUCUGUAAGAGCAGUAGUGACUUUAGCUGGGGAGCAGAUAUCCAGUUAUUCCUCAAUGUUAUUAACGGUGCCUUGUUGUUACACUGCGAAGACUCACAUAUGUUGAGAUACUCUGUGUCAUGUUAUAUCAACAUCGCUAGACAUCUUAAACAGAUAUUUGCUACCAAGGGAUACACAUAUAUAAUACCCACAAUGCUACAAGUGUAUGCAAGUCAGCACACCAAUCCUAUGAUCACUAGCACCAUUGAGUAUGCUUGUCGGCAAUUCUAUAUUCUACACCGAAAACCAUUCAUUCUCCAGUUGUUUGGUGGUGUAGCCUCUAUUUUGCAGUACGAUGCUGAUUACCAACCCACUGAAGUACCCAUAAUUCCAGGAAAGCUCAAAUAUGCUAAACAUGAAUCGUUUUCAGUGGUUAUCCUAUCCUGUCUGUCUUUCUGUCUGCUUCGCUCUUUUGAAGUUGACAUUGAUGGUUGUUUUCUUUACGCUGUACAGGUACCAGCAAGAUCACUGUUUCGUCUACUUUUAUCAUUGGAAAAAGAUAGCAGAGAUACGCUGGAUAUACUAGAUCUGGUUCUGGUACAAAAUUCACUGAAAACUCUGGAUUUUUGUUAUGGUAAUGAUCCCAUGGUAACAUUCUCAGUGACUGAUGCUAUCAGGAUGUGUGUUACCGUGGUAGCAUAUGCCCCAGAAGCACAACGUAGUGUACAGAUGAUGACUGUAAUGGAAGCCAUUUUACCUCAUUAUUUACGACAUAUCAAAAAACAGACGCAGAAACGAGACAACCCAUCAGCUGCAAAGUCGGAAGUUGCCACUAUUGGUAGUCUCAACAUCUCAAUGCGAGCUUUGAUCAACAGUGGAGAGGUGUUCUCCAGGUGGAAUAUGAGUGGACCAAUCAGAAAGGUGGAAACUGUCAAUGCAGCAUCCAGCUUCAAGAGUUCUGUCAAUGCAAGUUCAAGGCCAAGUUCACUUAAGAAACCAUCUAAGAGGUCAACUGGUCCUAGGUCACCUAAUACUGAUGAUGAUGGAUACACUGUUGACAUCAUGAGUGAUGACCUCAGAAUUAGAUUUAUGGAUGAGAAAACACGGAAGAGAUACGAGGAGGACCUGGAUGAUGUGGAAAUGAGAACGGAAUUCAGGAAACCCCGGGAAACCAUGCUGAAUGUAUCUGCAGAGUUUUUCUGUUGGUGUACUCCAAGACUUAAAGAACUGCGUAAAAUGAUUGAAACCAGAGUGCAAAUUCCAGACUUGUUAGAUCAUAAAAGUCAGCUGAAAUUAGCUGAUAUUGCACAUAGUCUGCUCAAAGUUGCCCCGUAUGAUCCAUUGACCAUGGGCUGUAAAGGAAUCCAAAGCUCCAAAUUAUCAUUCGAUUUCAUAAAUUACUGGAAAAAAAAAUCUAGAUAUGAAAUGCGACAUCUGGAUUGGGAGUCGGCUGCUAAUUUCAUGAAAGGGAUUUAUCUUACAAUGUGCAGACGGAAUAUCAUAGCCCAUUUACCUCAUCUUAAGAGCCUUAUUAAUGUUGGUAUAGCCUUGGUUUUGGCUGAUGGCUCACAACCAGGAGGUAGCGAUGGAAUGCCACUCAUUCACUUAUCUGCACCUACUGGAGGAGUUCAGUUCACACCACCUCCUGUAUUCUGUUCAUCCGUUGUGAGAAUCACUGCAAUGCAGAUGCACUGUUUGAAGGACAUGUACACCUUGGAGCAAGUGUUUGGUGGAAUGCCUGUUUUUAAUAGCCAGGAAAAAACAGAGAAUGUCUUAUUACAUUUACUGCUGCCACUUUGCAUACGAGUCGGAUGUGGGCGUCCAGGAGUAUUUGAUGUGAUAAACUCAUCGCUGGCAGAUAUUGACCUUGGAAAAGAUUCUCCCCGGAUACGACAGCAGGAUAUUUCAUUUGCAUUGACUGCCAUAUUGUAUGCGCUGUUACCACCCAAACCACCUCCUAGAGUUGGUGUUCAUUCCUCAAAACAUGCAUACCCUUCCAUUACUGAUUUACCAAGCCAUACCAGUGUUUCCUAUCAUGAGACAUCUAUCGUGUUGCAGGAAUCACUUUACGAGGCUGCAUUCUUAGGUUUGAAAAUAAUGAUUGUAUGUUUUGAACGACAAUUGAUCAAUGAUUGGUACAGAAUUACGAAUGCUGUCAAAGAUCUAGGAACAAGAAUGAUGGGUGGUCCUGCUUUGUGGAGUUUUCUGGAUUUUAUCGUAACCUACCGACCACCAUUGUAUGUUAUAUUAGAGCCAUUUAUUCACAGCAAGAUGUUGCGAAUGAUAUGUGAAACAGAUGCAGAGGCCGUAAUUCAGUCCAGGAUAUCUGAGAAACUACGAGGCCACUACCGACCAACGCCAAAGUGUAAAGGAACUUUACUGACUGAACUCUGCUAUGAACUUAAAGAUCUCAAGGAUAAUAUGUUCUUACCGAGAGAUCAUGUACGUUUUGCCAAUGAAACCACCACUGGCCGGGCUGCGCAUUUUGCUGGCGAUGGAGCUGAGACAACUACAUCACCAAGGCACACACGAACAGGGUCUUUUGUCAGUCGAUUGACUCGUAAAGCUAGCAGUAGGAAAUCCCGCUCAUCAAGAAGAGGUUCAAACCAUAGUCACGAAGGAGAAGCAAAUCGCCACCGGCAACAAUCUUCGUCACCGCCACCUUCAGAAAUUCCUGCAGCAGAAGCAGCCCCAGUACCAAUACCACCUGCACCAUUAUCUCCAAAAAAUCCCAAUGAAACUAGUCUACCAAACAGUAGAUAUGGCAGGCAAAGCAUAAUCCGACGAACAGAUCAGCCAGUGGAAGGCGAAACGUCAGCAUUCAACACAAGACGACUGACACGAAAACACAAUGUGACAAAACGCAUGAGUAGGAGAGUCAUCACGAGAACAGAACAAAUACAUGAUCAGCAUCAUGAACCAGUGCAGCCUCCGCCUCCACCAAAAAAGCCAAAGUCACCAGAACCAGUUGUAGCAUUUUCACCUCUACCCCUCAGUAGACAGCCAAGUCAGAAAAGUACUGUGGAGGACAUCAUAGCUGAGUCUCCUGAUGGUGACCUUGAUGGGGACGGAGAUGCAGCACAUAGCGCUAAUGCCACUUGUGGUGGCAUCACCAAUCAAGUACCUUCACAAACGCAAGACAGUGUAGACAAAUCAGAUACUGAAUCUGUUGACGAACAAAGCCAUCUGCUCGGUUCCGAAUCCACAAAGAGCGAUCGUGCCAAGAUGAUAUCCACUGACAUUGGUGAGGGUAUGGACGAUCUUUACGAGUCUAAGGAAACCAUGCGAUUGCUGGGACGAUCAGAGUUGGAUCCGAGAACGUUGAGAAUAAGGAUGUCUGAUCUUCAAGAUGAGCUGAAAGAUACAGUGGUUUAAUAACAGUAUAUUGAAAUAUUUCAUUAUUAGGAAAGGAGGCUAAUAUUAAUAAAUAUACAUUAAUUUAAUAACUGCAACUUUGGAAUAUUUUACUGUUAAGUUAAUGAUACACUGGUAUAUUAACAUCCUUUGGAAUAUUCCAG